CAGACGGACCCGCCGUCGUGUACGUCACUCCGGGCGCGCCGGAGUCGCUCGCACGUGCUGUCCCGCGCCGCUCGCUUGCCGCCGCCGCUAUGAGCUGCCCCGUGACGUGCGCCGCCUGGGUGCGCUGCGGCGUUGCCAAGGAAACGCCGGACAAGGUACAGCUCAGCGAGGAGGAGCUGAAGCGCCUCAUCGAGGAGGCCCAGGAGAGGCUGGGGGAUGGCGCUGAUGGUAGCGAUGAAGGCCAGAUGGCACAUGGCACAAAUGUAGCCAAUCCUGCAAGAGCUAACUCUUCUCAUAAAAAUGAAGACCUCUCUGACAAUGAACUGGAUGAAUAUGAUCUGGAAAAUUAUGAUGAAGAAGAAUGCACAGGUGAUUUAACACUUGGAGACAAUUUGGCUACUCUGGCAGUAUAUGGAAGUAAUGAUAACGAUCCUUUCAUCACUCUAAAAACCACUGAUCAAUAUGAACAGGAGGACUUCUUGAUUAAGCCCAGUGACAAUCUUGUCCUUUGUGGCAGAGCUGAUAAAGACUACUGUAGUUUGGAGGUCCAUGUUUAUAAUCAUGAAGAGAACUCAUUUUAUAUACAUCAUGAUAUUCUCUUGCCGGCUUACCCUCUAAGUCUGGAGUGGUUGAAUUUUGAUCCUAGUCCCGAUGAAUCACUAGGAAAUUAUGUUGCAGUGGGUAACAUGACCCCAGUUAUUGACGUUUGGGACCUUGAUAUAGUAGAAUCCUUAGAACCAGUCUUUUCUCUGGGAGACAAGAAGGAGAAAAAGAAGAAAAAGAAAAUAAAGAAAAGUUUAUCUUCAGAAGAGACAGUCAAAGGACAUACUGAUGCUGUGCUUGAUCUUUCAUGGAAUAAACAAAGCAGGAAUGUUUUAGCAAGUGCGUCUGCUGACAGUACUGUGGUUCUGUGGGAUAUGUCUGUGGGUAAGCCAGCAGCCAGCCUGAUGCUACAUACAGACAAGGUCCAGACAGUGCAAUUUCAUCCGUUUGAAACUCAGACCCUUAUUUCUGGAUCUUACGAUAAAUCAGCCGUGCUGUAUGAUUGCAGAAACCCACAAGAUAACCAUCGAAUGUGGCGGUUUAGUGGUCAGGUUGAAAGAGUAACCUGGAAUCACUUCUCACCUUGUCAUUUCUUAGCAAGCACAGAGGAUGGCUUUGUGUACUGUCUGGAUGCUCGUUCUGAUAAGCCGCUGUUUACUCUGAAAGCUCAUGAUGAAGAAGUGUCAGGGCUACAACUAAGCAGUCAGAUCAAAGGGUGCCUUGUGACAUCAUCUGCUGACAAAUAUGUGAAAAUCUGGGAUAUCCUGGGAGACAGACCAAGUUUAAUUCAUUCCAGGAAUAUGAAAAUGGGCGUUCUCUUCUGUGCAGCUUGCUGCCCUGACUUCCCGUUUGUUUUUGCCUUUGGAGGAGAGCGAGAAGGGCUGCGUGUUUGGGAUAUAAGCAAGAUAGCUGCAGUGAAUGAAGUUUUUGGAAACAGAGAGAGACUUGUUCUGGCUGGUACCACCUCUGUAGCUUGCAGCUCUGCGGCCGGAAGUACCAGCAAUGAUUCGGAGACAGCAAUGGAAUCGUGAUGGACCAAACAACACAAAAUCAAAGUAAUUAAUGGGACUAUGAUGAACAUGCAUUCUACAAAUACCCGUUUUGGUGAGAGUUCGUAGAAAUUACUCUAGUGUCUUGCAGUCUGCAGGGUUCUUCAUCUCAGACAAAGAAACGUCAUGAUGUGGUUAAGCUCUACGUCAGCAGGUCCAAGUUCCUGCCUCUAUUACUGGCUUUGAAAGAUUAAAUCACUUGCUUUUGCCUGAGAUAAUGAUCCCUGAAACAGGGAUCAUAUGUAUAAAGUUGAUAUAUAAAACGAAAUCGCCACUAGAAAAGCAUCCUGCUGCUACCAGAAGUUUGUUGAAUACUGCAAAGAAGGUGAAUCUCUUCUAAAGGCAUAAAGAAACAUACUUCAGACAGCAGUUGUGUAAUAAAUAAACAAAAGCUGAGUGAAAUGACAAGUGUAAAUAGAUAAUUUAUCCUUAAUUUAAGGCUAGAUUUACUGAUUUCUAAUACAGAUUUUGGAAGUUCUUGUAUGUAACUUUUUAAAGUCUUAAACGUAUUUCUUGGGCAGUAAGUUGGAAUCCCCGAGCAGAAUCUUGAAAUGCAUUUGUAACACCUCAGACCACCAGUAUCAAACCAGAAGUACCCCAGCUGUAUCCCAUCAAGAUUAAGGGUUUCUUUCCCCUGGUUCCACAGCACCUGAAGCUUAUUGAUCUUGCCUGUGUAUUGGGUUUUUCUUCAAGCUCCAAAGAUUUAUAUAUAUAAAAAAAUAUAUAAAUAGAAUUUGAACUGAAAUAAAGAGCUACUACUCAGAAGAGGAUGAGAGGCUGCCAGGACACGAGGCGAGGGUAGGGAUCUCAGCUGGUCACUGUCACCGGUCAAAGCUGUCCAUGUUACAUUACAUACUCAUGUUCUUAACUCCUCCCAGGUGUUUCUCCCUGAAACCUGAAGGCCUAACCACUGACUUAAACACUUCAUUUAUAGCAUCAGGAACCUAUCCAAGGAAUGUGACUCAAACAAUUUCCUCACAUUUAAAAUGAACACCCAAGUGCCUUACCCCAGGCUAGAAGUUAAAUGAUACUCUUACCCUCCUGUCAAGUGCUUCUCUUUCCACAUACUGGAAGGUGUCUUAUUAAAGUGCUGCUGCUGCAAAAACACUGAGUAUUAAAGCAACUGGUAUCAAAGCAGCUGUAGUGUCAGUGCAUGGAGUUGACAAGCUCUUGGCCCCGCUCUCCACCCUAGCUCACAGUAACAGGUUCUGGUGAGGCAAAGCAGAUAAAUUGUAGCAGUACAAAUGGCAGGUGGGGAAAAGGCAGGGCUUCCAGGUUUCCUUCCCAUCCCUUAAGUGGCUGCUUCUAAAUCCAAUGUUUCUAGUCUGGUGACAGGUGUUUAGCAUGGCUCUACAGGAACCAAGAAUAUUUUGGAUGUGUUGACAUUCCUGCCUCAAUCCUUUCUCUGCCAAGCAAUAGUGAACAAUGUGUGAACCACAAAUUAACAACUGCUUUUGUGAAGCCUAAGAUGGUGAAAGCAUCGGAACCACCUCUGUUCAAGUGCUCUCCACUGAAGAGCUGCAAGUUUUUCUAAACCUUUCAUUUGCAAUAAAUGCUUUGUGUUACGCUCUU